UGUAAAAAUACCGCCACACAAACCAAUUCUACGGCGUUAUCGAUAAGGCGACACCCAAGCACCAGGUCCAUCACUAAGCCCACGUCUUUCGAUUAAUAGUUUUUAUCGUUAAAAUAUUAAUUAUUUGCCUUUGCUUCGGGAGUUUGGCAGCCUGUGACGUUGUUUCCCCAGGAUUUCCCAUCGAUCCGAUCCCAGUCGAUCCGGAUCGUCAUCCGCUUUAUUCCCAUUCGAGAGUUGCAUGUGCUGGCAGCGAUACAGCGCACAUUUGCUCAGACAAAUCGAGUUUCACGUCCGGACGAAACGCCGGAGCCCAAUUACUCAAUUAACCGGCGUACGGACUAUCACACACGGCUCGCUGUGCAAAAUGACAGACCAGGUCAAGUAUCUGGACACGCCGGACAAGUCGGAGACGGACAAGAAGCUUUACAAGACGCUGCUCUUGGGCAAUGGAUUGCAUGCGCUGAUUGUCUCCGAUCCCAGUCCCAUGCCGCACGAUGGCUUCACCACAUCCGAGUCGUCCUCGGAUAAGUCGUGCGAGUGCGAGUCGACCAGCAGUUCCGUGACCUCAAGCAGCGAUUCCAGCUCAUCUACCUCCUCCGAUACUGGCAGCAGCGUGGAAUCUGGCAGCGAGGAAGGCGACGAAAAACUGGCCGCCUGCGCCCUCUUGAUUGAUUACGGAUCCUUUGCUGAGCCCACAAAAUAUCAGGGACUGGCACACUUUCUCGAGCACAUGAUCUUCAUGGGCUCGGAAAAGUAUCCAGAGGAGAACAUUUUUGAUGCACACAUUAAGAAAUGCGGCGGCUUUAGCAACGCCAACACUGACUGCGAGGAGACACUUUUCUAUUUCGAGGUAGCCGAGAAGCACCUGGACUCCAGUUUGGACUAUUUUACGGCCCUGAUGAAGGCGCCACUGAUGAAGCAGGAGGCUAUGCAACGCGAGCGCAGCGCCGUGGACUCAGAGUUCCAGCAGAUUCUUCAGGAUGAUGAGACCAGGCGUGAUCAGCUGCUGGCCAGUUUGGCCACCAAAGGUUUCCCCCAUGGCACCUUUGCCUGGGGCAAUAUGAAAUCGCUGAAGGAGAACGUUGACGACACUGAGCUGCACAAGAUUCUACACGAGAUCCGCAAGGAACACUAUGGCGCCAAUCGCAUGUAUGUUUGCCUGCAGGCUCGUUUGCCCAUCGAUGAGCUGGAAUCACUGGUGGUGCGUCACUUUUCUGAUGUUCCCCACAAUGAGGUGAAGGCUCCCGACUUGAGCAGCUUCAACUAUAGGAACGCCUUUAAGCCCGAGUUCCACGAGCAGGUGUUCUUUGUAAAGCCGGUGGAGAACGAGUGCAAACUGGAGCUGACCUGGGUGCUGCCCAAUGUGCGUCAGUAUUACCGCAGUAAGCCCGACCAGUUUCUGUCGUAUUUGCUGGGUUACGAAGGCCGUGGCAGCCUUUGCGCCUACUUGCGACGCCGCCUGUGGGCUCUCCAUCUGAUUGCGGGCAUCGAAGAGAAUGGCUUCGAUUUGAACUCCAUGUAUGCUCUGUUCAACGUUUGCAUUUAUCUCACCGACGAGGGUUUUAAGAAUCUGGACGAAGUCCUGGCAGCAACGUUUGCCUACGUCAAGCUCUUCUCCAACUGCGGUUCCAUGAAGGAAGUUUACGAGGAGCAACAGCGCAUCGAGGAAACAGGUUUCCGGUUCCAGGCUCAGCGUCCAGCCUUCGACAAUGUACAGGAGCUGGUGUUGAACUCAAAGUACUUCCCACCGAAAGAUAUUCUCACCGGCAAGGAGCUGUAUUAUGAGUACAAUGAGGAGCAUCUCAAAGAACUGAUUAGCCACCUGAAUGAGAUGAAGUUUAAUCUGAUGGUUACCUCACGCAACAAGUAUGAUGGCGUCUCCGCCUACGAUCAGACAGAGGAGUGGUUCGGCACUGAGUACGCCACCAUUCCGAUGCCAGAGAAGUGGCGCAAGCUGUGGGAGGACUCAAAGCCCCUUCCGGAAUUGUUCUUGCCCGAGCCGAAUAAGUUUGUCACGGAGGACUUUACACUGUUUUGGCACUCGAUGGGAAAGCCAGAAGUGCCCGAUGCACCGAAGAAGCUGCUCAAGACGGACACCUGCGAGCUCUGGUUCCGCCAGGACGAUAAGUUCGAUUUACCUGAAGCCCACAUGGCUUUCUAUUUCAUCUCGCCGCUGCAGCGGCAAAGUGCCAAGAACGAUGCCAUGUGCACACUUUACGAGGAACUGGUUAAGUUCCAUGUGUGCGAGGAACUUUAUCCAGCCAUUAGCGCCGGACUUUCUUACACCUUUAACGCCAUCGAAAAGGGUUUGCUCCUCAAGGUGAGCGGCUACAAUGAAAAACUGCAUCUCAUCGUGGAAGCCAUUGCCGAAGGCAUGCUCCAUGUGGCAGAAACCCUCGACGAAAAUAUGCUUGCCGCCUUCCGCAAGAACCAGCGUAAAAACUUCUUCAACACCUUGAUCAAGCCAAAGGCACUCAACAGGGACGUUCGUCUUUGUGUGCUGGAGCAAAUCCGCUGGCUGAUGAUCGAUAAGUACAAGUGCCUCAACGAUAUUACUUUGGACGAUCUGCGCGAGUUUGCCCGCCAGUUCCCGAAGGAGCUAUACAUCCAGUCCCUCAUCCAGGGCAACUACACGGAGGAGUCCGCUCACAAUGUACUGAACUCGGUGCUGAGUCGCCUCGAUUGCAAGGCGAUCAAGGAGCGUCGCUACGUGGAGGAUAGGACCAUAAUGCUGCCGCUGGGAACUAAUAUUAUCCGAUGCCAUGCCCUCAACGAGCAGGAUACAAACACGGUGAUAACAAACUUCUAUCAAAUCGGACCAAAUACAGUUCGUGUGGAAAGCAUUCUCGAUCUGAUGAUGAUGUUCGUGGACGAACCCUUGUUUGACCAAUUGAGGACCAAAGAGCAGCUAGGCUACCAUGUAGGCGCCGCUGUUAGAAUCAACUACGGCAUUGCUGGGUAUUCCAUUAUGGUUAACUCACAGGAGACAAAGACAACGGCCAACUAUGUGGAGACCCGCAUUGAGGUGUUCCGCGCUAAAAUGCUGCAAAUUCUGCGCCACCUGCCUGCAGAUGAAUAUGAACACACUCGCGACUCGCUGAUCAAGCUGAAGCUCGUGGCGGACAUGGCAUUGAGCACGGAAAUGGGUCGCAACUGGGAUGAGAUCCUCAACGAAGACUACCUCUUCGAUCGUCGUCGACGCCAGAUUGAAAUAUUGCGCACGCUGCAAAAAGAUGAGAUCAUUGAUUUUCUUCUGGGAAUUGACGCCGAUAACAUGAGGAAACUAUCCGUGCAGGUGAUUGGCCAUCGGCCACCAGGUGUGCCGGAACCAUUGUGUGGCACCGACAUCGUUCGCGACGAGGAAGACAUCAAGGACGCAAACAAAACGGAUGAUGAGAGUGGCUCUGAAAAAGACGAUCAGGAGGAUGAGGAGGAAUCUUCGGAAGAGGAGGACGACGAGGAUCUAUUUGCUGCUCUAGAAAACAAGUUGAGUGUCGUCUUCCUGCCCGGUGCUCCCAAUCAAAACACCAUAAUGGAUAUUAACGAGUUCAAAAAGGGCCUAGACGUUUAUCCCAAGCAAAAGAGCCAGCAGGACGAGGAUCUGCUUACCGCUCGCAUUGAGGAUGCACUCGGCCAGGCGUGAGAUUUGCGGCCAACACACCCACCCACCCAACAAACCAUCUCCGCCAGUUCAAUUCGUUUCACUAGCCAAAGGUAGAAGAUUAGUUACACAGAAUGCAAGCUUUUUUUUUACGAUAACCUUCUGACCAAGUCAGGAAUUUGCUCUUAUGUUGUAAUACGCUCAUCCAUUAUAAAUUAGUAACGCAGCACACACGCAGCUAAUGACAAAUGCAUUUUGGAGUAUGGAAACACCGUAUAUGUUCGAUCGCACUGACCUUCGUACUGAUUUAAUACAAAUACACGAAUAAAAAUCAAAAUUUAAAGUAA